GCCACAACUGGAAUAGAUUCACUAUUGCAAACACAUAUACACAUAGCAAAUCCACCUAAAAAUGACCAGAGUGGAUAACGCCGAAUUUAUUAAAGAAUUAACCAAGGUAUUAUCUACUAAUAAUGGUAAAAAAUCGGUAUAUUUCACGCAAAAGCGAUUAUCACCUGCUUUACCAUUAGAUUCAACCACUGAUGCCACCACAGCUGAUUUACCCUCCAAUGUCAUUGAAACAGAAGGGAACAACACAAGCACAUAUCCCGUCCUAAUUCGAAUUUCCAUGAAUGGUAAAGACAAGAAUGAUCAAAAGAGUAAAUACAAGUUGUCGACUAUUGUUGAGCCACAAGCAUUGGAACAAUUUUGGCAAGAUUAUAUCCCCAUCUUACGGGCUGGGUUUGUGGGAUUAAAAAAGAAGGAAAAGAAAGUAUGUGAAUUCUAUAUAGAAAAAAAAAAUGGACUAUAUUUCCUCCACUAUUAAUAAGCCACUGGGAUAUACUAUAUCCACAUCUUGUAUUUUGCAAUCUCUCAUUUCAUUCAACGUAGUUUUAGGAGGCAAUGGCGACGACAACUUGAAUUUGUACUCCAUGGUGAAUGAUUUGAACUUGGUAGCAGCCUCUUGCUCUGUUAAUGUUGAUGUUAAUUCUCUAUCAUGUAAAUACCCCCGGUUUAACAAUUCAACAUACAUAAACACAUCUUCUACUUUCAUAUCCUUGGGAAAGUAAGCCACAUUUCUUGUCCCAUCAACC